AUGAGUGUCACAACCACAACUUCGCAGUCGCCCCCCGUCACCUUUGAGAGCAUGUCUCAUGCCUCCGCCAACUACAAGCAGCAGUACGCCAUUGCCCUCGAGGACAUCCCGCCCCGGAGCCCGUCGAUAUCCUCCUACUCGAGCAACUACAGCGCGUCCACUGCCCCCACCGUCUACUCUGUCGCCUCGCCGACAACCCCAAAGUCGCCAUCCUAUCGCCUGUUCAAGCAGUCCUCGUUCCCGGCCUCGCAACCCCAGAACCCCCUCGAGCCUGCCGUCAGCCGACUGCCCGCCAGCGUUUAUGCCUGCAUCAUCGACCAACUCCAGACCUUGCACGAGGGCCCCGCUUCUCACCAGUUUGGCUGUGUGACAUGUUACCAGCGGGACCUACACUCCUUGGCCCUGACCAACCGGUCGUGGGAGAGGGCGGUCCGAAGUAAACUAUACAACCGAAUUCACAUCAUGGGCACAGACUCGCCGUCGCAACUGAAGAAAUUCCGCCUGAAAAAGGGCAGCCGGCUCAAGCUCUUGCGCCGGACUCUGCGCGAACGGAAACUGCUUGCUAACCUGGUUUUCGAAUUGCGUGUGCCAGAAUUCGAUAUGUUGCCUGCCACCAACGGCAAAAUUAACCCGCAAUGGGAGGAGUACCGGAAUCUGGUCGCCUCGGUUGUCAUGGUAUGUCCGAAUCUGGAGAAUCUCGUCGGCUUCCACAUGUCGUUUCACCACGAGUUUGAUCGCCUCACAUACGCCUUGUCGACGAGGAAGCGUCUAAAGGAGCACAAGUGGCUCCUCGGGGAACCAACCGACACGAGCGCUGAGCGCUCGCGCAGUGGCUCGCCGCCCAAAUUGAAGACUCUCGACCAGCAACAGUCCUUUGAAUUCCUAAACUAUCACAUGUCGUGGGGAAACCUCGAGACGCUGAUGCUGCACUCACUAAACUCGAGUGGAUCCCUAGAACACGGUGUUUUCCUGCGGAUCUUUAAUCGGCUGCCUUCGCUUCAACAUCUCUGCAUUUCGUCUUUCGACAGCGACGCUUUCACAGACCGCACCCUUCAAUUUCUUCCAUCGCUCUCGUCUCUCCGACUGGAGAAGCUAAAAGGGGUUACUGACGCAGGAAUCGCACAAUACAUCUCUCGCCCGGAGGCUCGCAGCCUUCAGUCCUUGGCCUUGAUCGACCAGAAUAUCGGCUCCCUGUUGGUGAUCUCUAAACUGCUCUCAUCAUUGCAGUAUCUCGAAAGGUUCAGCAUUGUGCAAUCGACGCGCACCCCCCAUCUUCCCUCGGAAGGCAUGAUAUUCCAACCGAUCCUUGCUUCGUCCUCGCUCAAAUAUCUCCACUGGGACAUCACGGGCCCGGAUUCCGCCGCAGGGCUCGGCAAGCUGGAUUCUAUGCCUUAUGCUCUGCCCCAUAAGCCCGCAAACUCCCCCAACUACCACUUGGCUCAAAGCAUUCUCCAUUCGGGGUUCCCCCGUCUAGGUGAAUUGCGAGCACCCUCCGAUAUCGAACCCCCAGGCAUUCUCCAAUCCGUCUGUCAGCCAAUUUCUCGUGGACAGGCCUUGAUCCCUUCGGAUCGAUAUAGCUUGCCCAGGAGCUCCCACGGAUCGAUCAGCACGCGGCCGAUGGCCUUACCCGCCGGGAACAAUUUGACCUCUGCACGAAUCCGAGCCCAGACGUUCAUUGAUAUGGCCGCCAAGGACAGUGAACAUGGUAUGAAAGUGCUUGUUACCGACUAUUCCGACUCAUACCUUCCCGAUAGCGCGAUAGAUGCACCUUCCGAUGAUGAGUCGGAAGGGGACAGUGACCUGUUUGGUGGUGCCUCACCUUUUGGUGCCAAAGUGCAGGCUGCGAACCAAGAAGACUUGGAAUUUCCAAAGAAGAUGUUCGAGUUUAGAAUGCCUGCAGUGAUGGGCGUGGUGAGGGGGUCGACAAACCCGAAUGAAGCGUCUAUACCCCGAUUCGUUCUUCAGCCAGAUAUGCCCGGAAACGACGCAGACGGCGGCUUAUUGGGAUGGAAACAUCUUUUAGGCCAAGACUCGUCCACAGCACAGAACCCAGCAACGACAAUAUUAAACCGAAGUGGCAGCGAUCUGAGCAUGGAUCAACCCAUGUCUCCCUCCACUACGACGUCGCGAUUUGGCGGUUGGGGCGCAUUCGGAGGGCGGUCAUCAUCGGCUGCGUCUGUAACACCUGCCAGCCCUCCAACUCCAAUCACAUUUUCCUCGACCACGAACCCGCCCUGGGCACGAGAUACCUGUAAUGGCGCGUGGAACUCGGGCCAUUCAAAGGACUGGUGGAUGCAUCUCGAACGUGAACGACAGACGGAUUCCGAUAUCAUUGAAUCGAAGCGAUUUUUCUGA